AACGUCCUAGAAAAUUAGAUUCGAAAACAAAUUUAAAACGCUGAAAUGAGAUCAGAAAAACGCCAAAUUGCGCGCUGCUAAGCAAAUUGCGUAGAGGGUUAAUAGGUGUUAGGUUCUAUGGUCACACUGAAUUCGAAACAGCUGUUUGUGUACGCAGCGUGUGAAUGGUUAAAUUACAAAUUUAAAGCAAAGUUUGGAAUUAAUUGAUUAAAUAUAUUUUGAGAAUACAACAAUAAUUACAAUUAAUACACAAACCAUAUCAAGGGCCGAGAAAGACGUUCUUUUCAUUCAUAAAAUGGAUUCAAAUCGGGAAAGAAGUAAAAUGUUGUUAAAUCCAAGGAGACUAAAACGAAUGCCAAUUAAUUUACGCAAGAAAGCAAUAAGAGAGGCACGAAACUUGGCGGGAAUGCAACAGCCCACAAAAAGUCAAAGAAGGCUUCGGAAAUCAACGUCCACUAAAUCUCGAUUACAAAACGACUUUGAGCGCGCUGAGCAUAAUGCAAUGCUUACAGCAAGCUCACACGAGCUGCAACAGAUUCUGUCAGAGUUCGAGGAACUGGCGGACGUGCCCUACGAUGCAACGCCGACUGAACUUUUGGGUCUGAUUGCUCAGGCAGAAAACCGUGCCACAACCAUCUACGUGCAGCGCGACGGCCUUAGCACACUCAAGAUCAUGCUCCAUCAGCGCUCUCCGACUGUUGCCCAAUUGAAAAAGGCAAUCGCCACAAUCUCGUGCGCUCAGCUGAAACGAAGACAACGUGAGCGACGUCGGGUGGCAGACGAAGACGACGCCGGCCGUGCCGACGACGGAAGCCGACAACAGGUUGUGGGAUCUGCUGGAGCUAAAGUUUUGCCUCGCUCCAGCGGCGAGUUAGUUAAUUCGGCGCUGCGCAACGGGCACGAACACCGCGCGUUUGUCUCUUGGCGUUUUUUAUGGCGCUGCUUUGCACUGUUUAACGUGGAUACCAAUCAGCCGAUCGAUGACAACGUUGACAACGGGCGCGCGACCCUAACGGCACUGGGCAUUGAGAACGGGGCCAAGCUGAAGUUUGUGCAUCGCGUCAAGUAUUUCGGCCGCAAGCGGCAGAGCUAA